AUGUCGUCAGCCCUCAACGCGAUUCGUCGCAAGAAGAAUGUCAAGAAGGGUAUCCAAUUCUGUUUGAUGGUGUGCGGCGCCAGUGGAACAGGCCGCACAACUUUUGUCAACACUCUCUGCGGAAAGCAGGUUCUAGAGGGCAAGGAUGCCGAUGAUGCUGCCAAUGCCCACCUUGAGGAGGGUGUCCGCAUCAAGCCCGUGACUGUCGAGCUCGAGUUGGACGAGGAAGGAACCCGCAUUUCCCUGACCAUCGUCGAUACCCCCGGAUUUGGUGACCAGAUUGACAACGAGGCCAGCUUCGGCGAGAUUGUCGGUUACCUUGAGCGCCAAUACGAUGAUAUUCUUGCAGAGGAAUCGCGAAUUAAGCGUAACCCUCGAUUCAGGGAUAACCGAGUGCACGUCCUGCUCUACUUUAUCACACCCACCGGCCACGGUCUCCGUGAACUCGAUAUCGAAUUGAUGAAGCGACUCUCUCCCCGUGUUAAUGUCAUUCCUGUCAUUGGAAAGGCCGAUUCACUCACCCCCCGCCGAAUUGGCUGA